CUGCCUGCGUUUCCCCGGCCAACUCAACGCCGACCUCCGCAAGCUGGCCGUCAACAUGGUGCCCUUCCCGCGCCUCCACUUCUUCAUGCCCGGCUUCGCCCCCUUGACGUCCCGCGGCAGCCAGCAGUACCGCGCCCUCACCGUCCCCGAGCUCACCCAGCAGGUCUUCGACGCCAAAAACAUGAUGGCCGCCUGCGACCCCCGUCACGGCCGGUACCUCACGGUGGCCGCCGUCUUCCGAGGGCGCAUGUCCAUGAAGGAGGUGGACGAGCAGAUGUUGGCUAUCCAGAGCAAGAACAGCUCCUACUUCGUGGAGUGGAUCCCCAACAACGUCAAGGUGGCCGUCUGCGACAUCCCUCCCCGGGGGCUGAAGAUGUCCUCCACCUUCAUCGGCAACAGCACGGCCAUCCAGGAGCUCUUCAAGCGUAUCUCGGAGCAGUUCACGGCCAUGUUCCGCCGCAAGGCCUUCCUCCACUGGUACACGGGCGAGGGCAUGGACGAGAUGGAGUUCACCGAGGCCGAGAGCAACAUGAACGACCUCGUCUCGGAGUACCAGCAGUACCAGGACGCCACCGCUGAGGAGGAGGGGGACUUCGGUGAAGAGGCCGAAGAGGAGGCCUGAGGGGACGGCCCUCGUCGUCGUCGUCGUCGUCCUAGGAGAGCCCUCGUCCUUCACCGCCGCCGCCGUCUUCUUCGGAGAGCCCUCGUCCUUCACCGUUGUCCUUGGAGAGCCCUCGGCCUUCAGUGUCGCCGUCCUUGGGAGAGUCCUUGCCCCUUCAUCAUCGUCCUCAGCCUUCAUCGGUGUCCUCUGAGAGCCCUCGGUCUUCGUCAGCGUCCUCGGCCUUCGCCAGCGUCCUCGGGGAGCCCUCGGUCUUCACUCUCGUCACCGGAAAGCACUUGGCCGCCGCCGGCGUCCUCGGAGAGCCCUCGGCCUUCGUCACCGUCACCAGAGAGCCCUUGGCCUUCACCGUGGUCCUUGGGCAGCUCUUGCCCUUCGUCGUCAUCCUCGGAGAGCCGUUGUCCCUCGCCGUCGUCGCCAGAAAGCCCUCGGCCUUUUGUCAUUGUCACCGAAAAGCUCUCGGCCUACGCCGUCGUCACCAGAAAGCCCUCGGCCUUUUUCACGGUUGUCCUCGGAGCCCUCGGCCUUCACCGUUGUCAC